UGGCGCCACUGGCAGGCGGAGGGAUGAUAUUUUGGGCAGUACGGCUGGACUUGGCUCAAGUAGCAACAGCCAAAUCCCUGCUCUACUGACCUCUCCCCUGGAAGGGCAGGAACAGCCCUUGAGGCUGCCUUGGGCGGGGGGUGGGGUGGGGGGUUGAGAGGCAGGCUCUAGACUGGAAACGGACAGCAGAGCCCCAGCUAGGGGUGCAGCCUGAGCUGGGGACAGUCAUGGAGGAACGAGAUCAAGAUCUGCUUUAACUGAGAAGGCCCCAGAGCAGAGGCUGAGAAUCAUAAGCCACUUCAGCAGGGAGGCUGAGGUCCAGUGGGAAUGUGGGGCCAAGUUCCAUGUCGCCCAGCCCUAGUAACCUGUCUUUGGCUCCACAGCAUCUAAAAAUCUGAAAGACAAAAUAUGUCUCAAGUAAUCGGGCAGAGGCGGUCCACCCGCAGCACCAGGAUGAACUCCAGUUCGGUGAUUACGUCGGUGCAUACAACACUGAGGAGGCAGAUGGUACAGGAGUUCCUGGCCGAGUGCCUGAGCACAUAUGUCAUGAUGGUGUUUGGCCUGGGUUCCGUGGCCCAUAUGGUUCUAGGAAAUAAAACAUUUGGGAGCUACCUCGGUGUCAACUUGGGUUUUGGCUUCGGAGUCACCAUGGGAGUGUACAUAGCAGGCAACAUCUCUGGGGCCCACAUGAAUUCGGCAGUGACCUUCACUAGUUGUGCACUAGGUCGCAUGCCCUGGAAGAAGUUUCCUGUGUACGUGCUGGGUCAGUUCCUGGGCUCCUUCAUGGCUGCUGCCACCAUCUACGGCCUCUUCUACCCAGCCAUUAUCCACUUCUCGAGUGGAGAGCUGACGGUGACUGGUCCCACAGCCACUGGUGGCAUUUUUGCCACCUACCUUCCAGAUCACAUGACACUGUGGCGGGGCUUCGUGGAUGAGGUGAUAGUGACGGGGAUGCUCCAGCUGUGUCUCUGCGCCAUCACGGACAAGGAUAACCCAGAACAUCAAGGGACACAGCCCCUGGUGAUUGGCUUCCUUAUUGUCAUCAUUGGGGUGGGCCUAGGCAUGAACUCAGGAUAUGCUAUCAAUCCCUCCCGGGACCUGCCCCCCCGCUUCUUCACCUACCUUGCCGGCUGGGGCACGCAAGUCUUCAGGGCUGGGGAUAACUGGUGGUGGGUGCCAGUGGUGGCGCCACCUCUGGGUGCUUACCUAGGUGGCAUAGUCUACCUGGUCUUCAUUGGCUCCAGCACCUCACGAAAGCCCAAGAAAUUGGAGGACCCUGCGGCAUAUGAAGACCACAGGAUAUCUUCAUUGCCCAAGACCAGCCAUGAUCCAUCCAUGAUGUCUUCCCUCACCCCUGCCUCUGUGGCCCCUACCACCAGAUCUCCAGUCUCUUCUUCCUUCACCCCUGUCUCUGUGCCCCCUAUCAAAAGGUCUUCAUUCCAGCCUGCCCCACCUGUACGUGACUCUGUGAAUGAAGAGCACUUCUAAGUGGAGAUUUUUUGUGACCCCAUCCCUAUCCCAAUAAAGAAAGCCUGUCCCACAGCA